AUGGGCAACUGCUUAGAGUCUUGGACCCGUGGCUACAAUAAAGGAAAAAAGAAACAACAACAACAACAACUACAGCAACAGCUACAACAGCAGCAGAAGCCAAAGGAAGGAUGUUGUACGGUUAAGAUCUUGGUGAGCAAAGAGGAGCUGGGAUGGCUGCUACUUGAGCUGAGGGAGAAGGGAGGAAGGAAGAGGUUGGAGGAUGCUUUGGUGGAGGUUAAGAGAGGUAGAGGCAGAGCUGACGGUUGGAAACCCUCCUUAGACAGUAUAAUGGAGGGCCCAGAAGUACAGACGGUUGAGAUGAGCUGA